AAGUCCACGCGCCAUCUUAAUUCUGUUCAUAUCUCCAUCACUUUACUUCAACGAAGAUUCCUCAACACACAAUAUAUAUACAUCCAUUUAUUUUGAUUUCAAGUGUAUCUAUACAUAAUCUAGCUAGCUAAAGAUUUAGUUAAUCUUUUCAAGAAACAUCGGCUUCAUAUAUAUAUACAUACAUAUAUUCAAGUGUGUGUGGUAUAUAUAAAGAACAACAAAAUUAAGGGAAUAAUUAUUUCCUGAAGAAGAUCGAUCGAUGAAAUCGAAAGCAAGCCAACGUAAAUUGUUCAUGCGAAUAAUCACUACUCCGAUCCGGGCCCUAUCCAAGGCCCGUGAUCUUUACGUGAAAAGCUUGUCGGACUAUGGAGACAGAAUGAACCUCGGCAAUGUAAUGGCGGCGGCUCAAGGAACCUCGCAUGUUUCGGGCCUGCCCAAGAGUUUCAGUGUCAACUCGGCCCGGUCCACCAAAAACGAGGAUUUACCGCAGCUUUCUCGGGCUGCAUUAUCAGCUCGGAGCACCGCGGAUAUAGUGGGCUCUGGGGCCGGGCCACGGGCAAUGCCGCCGAGAAGCAGCAGUGUGGCCAUGGGGAGGAUUGAUGAAGACAGGCCCUAUAUUAAUUUUGGCGAUCAAGAUAUUUUUAAUAGUGGUAAAAAUGGAAUUAUGUACCCCAGAAGCAGAAGUCAUGCUGUCACUUAUUCAACAAGAUUAUUUUAAGCUUAUUUAUUUAUUUAUUUUUAAAAUUUAAUAUUUGAUUUUAAAGUUUAGAUUAUGUAAUGUGUGUAAGAAAAAAAAACUAUAUAUUUUGGUAAUUAAUAGAGUAGGGCCGGGUGAAAAAACAUUUUGCCCAUUAAUGUAAUAUAUGUCGAUUUGAAUGUGUCCAAUUAAACAUUUUUUUGUUUUUUGUUUUUUUU